AUGCAGGCCGACCCGACGCCGGAGCGCAGCAGCCGGGUCCUAACGCCAGAGCCGGAGCCGGAGCCUGGCCCAGAGUCGGUCCUCGACCCCGAGCAGGAUGCGCAGGCGGCCCUGGCCGAGUUCGCGGCGCUGCACGGCCCGGCGCUGCGCGCGUCUGGAGUUCCCGAGCGGUACUGGGGCCGCCUCCUGCACAAGCUGGAGCACGAGGUUUUCGAUGCUGGGGAGAUGUUCGGGAUCAUGCAGGUGGAGGAAGCUGAAGAGGAGGAGAGUGAGGACGAGGUGGCCCGAGAAGCACGCAAGAAGCCCAACCCUGGCAGCGAGCUCUGCUACAAGGUCAUCGUGACCAACGAGAAUGGGCUCCAGGCGGCCGACCCCAACAGCAUCUUCCUCAUCGACCAUGCCUGGACGUGCCGCGUGACGCACGCCCGCCAGCAGCUGCAGCAGGUGCCGGGGCUGCUGCACCGCAUGGCCAACCUGAUGGGCAUCGAGUUCCACGGCGAGCUGCCCAGCGCGGAGGCUGUGGACCUGGUUCUGGAGGAGAUGUGGAAGUUCAACCAGACCUACCAGCUGGCCCACGGGACGGCCGAGGAGAAGGUGCCUGUGUGGUACAUCAUGGACGAGUUCGGCUCACGCAUCCAGCACGCAGACGUGCCCAGCUUUGCCACCGCCCCCUUCUUCUACAUGCCCCAGCAGGUGGCCUACACGCUGCUGUGGCCCCUGCGGGACCUGGACACGGGCGAGGAGGUGACCCGGGACUUUGCCUACGGAGAGGCCGACCCGCUGAUCCGGAGGUGUGUGCUGCUGCCCUGGGCCCCCACCGACCUGCUGGACCUCAGCUCCGCCACGCCCGAGCCGCCCGCUGAGCACUACCAGGCCAUACUGGAGGAGAACAAGGAGAAGCUGCCCCUGGCCAUCAGCCCCGCGGGGUACCCCUGCGACCACAUCUUCAAGGUCUACACGGACAUCCGGCAGGUGCUCAGCCACCUCACCCACCCACGCUUCACCUUCACCCAGAGCGAGGCGGACGCCGACGUCCUCUACAACUUCUCACACUUCAAGGACUACAGGAGGCUGAGCCAGGAGAGGCCCAAUGUGCUGCUGAACCAGUUCCCCUGCGAGAGCCUGCUGACAGUGAAGGACUGCCUGGCCUCCAUCGCGCGCCGGGCGGGCGGCCCCGAGGGCCCGGCCUGGCUGCCCCGCACCUUCAACUUGCACACGGAGCUGCCCCAGUUCAUCAGCUACUUCCAGCAGCGGGAGAGGCGGGGGGAGGACAACCACUGGAUCUGCAAGCCCUGGAACCUGGCCCGCAGCCUGGACACCCACAUCACCAAGAACCUGCACAGCAUCGUCCGGCACCGCGAGAGCUCCCCCAAGGUUGUGUCCAAGUACAUCGAGAGUCCCGUCUUGUUCCUUCGGGAGGACGUGGGGAAGGUCAAGUUCGACAUCCGCUACAUCCUGCUGCUGCGGUCGGUGAAGCCCCUGAGGUUGUUCGUCUACGAUGUGUUCUGGCUGCGGUUCUCCAACCGGCCCUUUGCCCUCAACGACCUGGAUGACUACGAGAAGCAUUUCACUGUCAUGAACUAUGACCCGGAAGUGGUGCUGAAGCAGGUACACUACAACGAGUUCAUCCCAGAGUUUGAGAAACAGUACCCAGAGUUCCCCUGGAAGAGCGUCCAGGCUGAAAUCUUCCAGGCCUUCACGGAGCUGUUCCAGGUGGCAUGUGCCAGGCCACCCCCGCUGGGCAUCUGUGACUACCCCUCAUCCCGGGCGGUGUAUGCCGUCGACCUCAUGCUGAAGUGGGACAGUCGUCCGGAUGGGAAGCGAGUGAUGCAGCCGCAGAUCCUGGAGGUGAACUUCAACCCGGACUGCGAGCGAGCCUGCAGGUACCACCCAAGCUUCUUCAACGACAUCUUCAGCACCUUGUUCCUGGACGAGCCCAACGGCUGCCCCGUCACCCGCCUCCUCUAG